UUCUGCUGGGGUCUGGAUUGGAACUACAUAGUCAGAUCAUCCCUGUAUGACUGGACUCUAAAACAGACCAAAGGGGCCCAAAGAGUCUACAUGUCUAAUAUUUAGACAUGUUCAGCUUUGUGGAUUCUCGGUUACUGCUGUUGAUAGCAGCGACUGUACUCACCAAAGGCCAAGGAGAAGACAUUCCAUCUGGAAGCUGCAUAAACGGAGAAACGUACAGCGAAGGAGAAGUGUGGAAAACUGAACCCUGCCAGAUCUGUUUGUGCGACAAUGGGAACGUCCUGUGCGAUGAGGUGACCUGCGACGACGUCUCAGACUGCCCCAAUGCCAAGAUCGAGAAGGGAGAAUGCUGUCCUACCUGCCCUGCCGCCGAUGCCUCUCCAAAAGCCACUGGAAUAGAGGGCCCCAGAGGAGAACGCGGCCCCAAAGGAGACAGGGGACCCCCAGGCCUACCUGGUAGAGAUGGCAUUCCCGGUCAGCCUGGUCUUCCUGGCCCCCCAGGCCCCCCAGGACCUCCAGGCCUUGGCGGAAACUUCGCACCUCAACUGUAUGGCUAUGACGAGAAAUCCAUUGGCGGCCUGUCCGUGCCUGGCCCUAUGGGCCCAGCUGGUCCCCGCGGUCUCCCCGGCCCUCCCGGUUCUCCUGGUCCUCAAGGUUUCCAAGGUCCUCCCGGUGAGCCUGGAGAGCCUGGAGCUUCUGGUCCCAUAGGUCCCCGUGGUCCACCUGGUCCACCUGGCAAGAACGGAGAUGAUGGUGAAGCUGGAAAGCCUGGACGUCCUGGCGAACGUGGUGCUCCCGGCCCCCAGGGUGCCCGUGGUCUUCCCGGAACUGCUGGCCUGCCAGGCAUGAAGGGUCACAGAGGUUUCAGUGGUCUUGAUGGUGCUAAGGGUGAUACUGGUCCAGCUGGCCCCAAGGGUGAGCCUGGUAGCCCUGGUGAGAAUGGAGCUCCUGGACAAAUAGGGCCCCGUGGUCUUCCCGGCGAGAGAGGCCGCCCUGGUCCAUCUGGCCCUGCUGGUGCUCGUGGUAACGACGGUGCUCCCGGUGGUGCUGGCCCCCCAGGUCCAACUGGCCCAGCUGGCCCCCCUGGCUUCCCUGGCGCUGCUGGUGCUAAGGGUGAAACUGGUCCCCAAGGCGGUCGUGGUGGUGAAGGCCCACAGGGCGCCCGUGGUGAGCCCGGUGCCCCCGGCCCUGCUGGCGCUGCCGGCCCUGCUGGCAACCCUGGUAGCGAUGGUCAGCCUGGUGCCAAAGGUGCAACUGGUGCUCCUGGCAUCGCUGGCGCUCCCGGCUUCCCCGGUGCUCGUGGCCCCUCCGGACCCCAGGGUCCCAGCGGUGCUCCUGGUCCCAAGGGUAACAGCGGUGAACCCGGUGCUCCAGGCAACAAGGGAGAUACUGGUGCCAAGGGAGAACCUGGUCCUGCUGGUGUCCAAGGCCCCCCUGGUCCAUCUGGUGAAGAAGGCAAGAGAGGAUCCCGUGGUGAGCCCGGCCCUGCUGGUCUGCCCGGCCCUGCUGGUGAACGUGGUGCUCCUGGAAGCCGUGGUUUCCCUGGCUCUGAUGGCAUUUCUGGUCCUAAGGGUCCCGCUGGUGAACGCGGCUCCCCUGGCCCUGCUGGUCCCAAAGGAUCCCCCGGUGAAGCUGGACGUCCUGGUGAGCCUGGUCUGCCCGGCGCCAAGGGUCUGACUGGAAGCCCAGGUAGCCCAGGUCCCGAUGGCAAGACCGGCCCCACUGGUCCCGCUGGUCAAGAUGGUCGCCCCGGACCCGCAGGCCCACCCGGUGCCAGAGGUCAGGCUGGUGUCAUGGGUUUCCCUGGACCUAAAGGUGCUGCUGGCGAGCCCGGAAAACCCGGUGAAAGAGGCAUUCCCGGACCCGCUGGCGCUGUUGGUGCUCCUGGCAAAGAUGGUGAAGCUGGUGCCCAGGGACCUCCUGGUGCAGCUGGUCCCGCUGGAGAGAGAGGUGAACAAGGACCUUCAGGUGCUCCUGGAUUCCAGGGUCUGCCUGGUCCCGCUGGUCCAGCUGGUGAAUCUGGCAAGCCCGGUGAGCAGGGUGCCCCCGGAGACAUCGGCCCCGGUCCAGCUGGUGCAAGAGGUGAGAGAGGUUUCCCCGGAGAGCGUGGUGUCCAAGGCGCGCCCGGGCCACAGGGCCCACGUGGUGGUAACGGUGCUCCUGGUAACGAUGGUGCUAAGGGUGAUGCUGGCGCUCCUGGCGCUCCCGGAAACCAAGGUCCUCCCGGUCUGCAGGGAAUGCCCGGCGAACGUGGUGCUGCUGGUCUGCCUGGUGCCAGGGGUGACAGAGGUGAUGCAGGUCCCAAGGGUGCUGAUGGAUCUCCCGGCAAAGAUGGCCCAAGAGGUCUGACUGGCCCCAUUGGUCCUUCCGGCCCAGCUGGUGCUCCUGGUGAAAAGGGUGAAGCUGGUCCCUCUGGCCCCGCUGGUCCCACUGGUGCUCGUGGUGCUCCUGGAGAUCGUGGUGAGCCCGGCCCACCUGGUCCCGCUGGAUUCGCUGGUCCUCCUGGUGCUGACGGCCAGCCUGGUGCUAAAGGUGAAACUGGCGAUGCUGGUGCUAAGGGUGAUGCUGGUCCCCCAGGCCCUGCUGGCCCCACUGGUGCUCCUGGCCCUGCUGGUGCUGUUGGUGCUCCCGGACCCAAAGGUGCUCGCGGUAGCGCUGGACCCCCAGGCGCUACUGGUUUCCCUGGUGCUGCUGGAAGAGUUGGUCCCCCUGGCCCCUCUGGAAACAUCGGUCUCCCUGGCCCACCAGGCCCCAGCGGAAAGGAAGGUGCCAAGGGACCCCGUGGUGAGACUGGCCCCGCUGGCCGCACUGGCGAACCUGGCCCCGCUGGCCCACCCGGACCGUCUGGUGAGAAGGGCUCCCCUGGUGCCGAUGGUGCCCCAGGUGCACCUGGUACUCCAGGCCCACAGGGUAUUGCUGGACAGCGUGGUGUCGUCGGCCUUCCCGGACAGAGAGGCGAGAGAGGUUUCCCUGGUCUCCCUGGCCCAUCUGGCGAACCUGGCAAACAAGGUCCAUCUGGCUCCCCCGGCGAACGUGGUCCUCCUGGCCCAGUAGGACCUCCUGGCUUGGCUGGACCCCCUGGUGAAGCUGGACGUGAGGGCUCUCCCGGUUCUGAAGGUGCUCCCGGUCGUGAUGGAGCUGCUGGUCCCAAGGGUGACCGUGGUGAGACUGGCCCAGCUGGUCCUCCUGGUGCUCCCGGUGCCCCUGGUGCUCCCGGCCCUGUUGGUCCCGCUGGCAAGAAUGGAGAUCGUGGUGAGGCUGGCCCUGCUGGUCCCGCUGGCCCCGCUGGCCCUGCUGGUGCUCGUGGUCCUUCUGGCCCACAAGGUCCCCGCGGUGACAAAGGUGAAACUGGUGAACACGGUGACAGAGGCUUGAAGGGUCACAGAGGAUUCUCUGGUCUCCAGGGUCCACCUGGUCCUCCCGGUUCUCCUGGUGAACAAGGUCCUUCUGGAGCUUCCGGUCCCGCUGGUCCAAGAGGUCCCCCUGGCUCUGCUGGUUCCCCUGGCAAAGAUGGUCUGAAUGGUCUCCCUGGCCCCAUUGGCCCACCAGGUCCACGUGGUCGCACUGGAGAUGUCGGUCCUGCUGGUCCCCCCGGACCUCGACCCCCAGGUCCCCCAGGCCCACCUAGCGGCGGUUUCGACUUCAGCUUCCUGCCCCAGCCUCCUCAGGAGAAGGCCCACACCGACAGCCGCUACCCGGCUGAUGACGCCAACGUGAUGCGUGCGGACCUGGAGGUGGACACCACCCAGAGCCUGAGCCUGCAGAUCGAGAACAUCCGCAGCCCCGAGGGCACCAGGAAGAACCCAGCCCGCACCUGCCGCGUGAAGAUGUGCCACAACGACUGGAAGAGCGGCGAGUACUGGAUUGACCCCAACCAAGGCUGCAACUUGGAUGCCAUCAAGGUCUACUGUAACAUGGAGACUGGCGAGACUUGCGUCUACCCAACCCAGGCUAACACUGCCCAGAAGAACUGGUACGUCAGCAAGAACCCCAAGGAGAAGAAGCACGUCUGGUUCGGCGAGACAAUGAGCGAUGGCUUCCAGUUCGAAUAUGGUGGCGAGGGAUCCAACCCAGCUGACGUUGCCAUCCAACUGACCUUCCUGCGCCUGAUGUCCACUGAGGCCUCCCAGAACAUCACCUACCACUGCAAGAACAGCGUGGCCUACAUGGACCAGGAGACUGGCAACCUGAAGAAGGCUCUGCUCCUCCAGGGCUCCAACGAGAUCGAGAUCAGAGCAGAGGGCAACAGCCGCUUCACCUAUGGAGUCACCGAGGAUGGAUGCACAAGUCACACCGGCACCUGGGGCAAGACAGUCAUCGAAUACAACACGAAAACCUCUCGCCUGCCCGUCAUUGACGUGGCCCUCAUGGACGUUGGCGCGCCAGCGGAAUUCGGAAUUGACAUCGGACCCGUCUGCUUCUUGUAAACCGGAGCUCCCCCCGGGAACAGUCAAAAAGGAGACAAUUUCACAUGGACUUGAAUUCGUGUUUUUUCUAUC